UACAGCUUGAAUUCCUGCUCCCAGGAAAGACUAGCAUCCUAAUGUAGGAUACAUGGCACAAGAUACAUCACCAAGGAACAGCAGCAAGGACUGAGCGUAACAUCCAAACAAAGACAAUGUCCCAGCAAGCAGAUGUCUCCCAGUGCAGCGGAGCUGUGGUCGAGUUAGAGUCUGACAAGAACGAUUCAAAGGCUAAAGAAGCAACAGGCAUACCAGGUUCAGCUCUUAUCUACCUCAAGGGUCCCAAGUUUCUCAUCUAUGUCAGUGGAGCAUUGUCAAUGUGGGGCGAUCGCAUGUGGCACUUUGCAAUCUCUGUGUUCCUGAUUGAGCUGUAUGGCCAUAACCUGCUGCUAACUGCGGUGUUUGGAUUGGUAGUGGCAGGGUCAGUUCUCCUGCUCGGGGCUUUGAUUGGAGACUGGGUUGAUCGCAAUCCCAGGAAUAAAGUUGCACAUGCAUCUCUUUUCAUUCAGAACACCUCAGUGACUGUAUGUAGCAUUGUGCUCAUGUUGGUGUUCUCAUAUAAGCAAAGGAUUGAACAGAUCUGGGAUGGAUGGCUUACUGUGGUUUGUUAUACGGUGGUGAUCAUCCUGGCAGAUGUGGCAAACCUUGCAAGCACGGCACUGACCAUUGCCAUUCAGAGGGAUUGGAUUGUGGUCAUCACUGGCUACAACCGAGGUCACCUGGCUGGAAUGAAUGCAACCAUGAGGAGGAUAGAUCAGGUGACAAACAUCCUGGCCCCACUAGCAGUGGGACAGGUCAUGACCUUGGCCUCCAACGUGGUUGGCUGUGGCUUCAUCCUGGGGUGGAACCUUGUCUCUCUCAUUGUGGAGUUUUUCUUCUUGUCCCGGGUGUAUCGCAUCGUCCCUGCUCUUUCAGUCAAACCACCAACGGUUGAAGCCGAUCAGGUGUACCUGGAGACAAUACAGAGGAGCGAGUCACAAGGGGAAGACAGCGAUGAAGAACGGACAGAGGACAACGGCAGCGUUCAGCUGAAGAACGGCACCACCAUGCCACUUUGUUUCCGGAAGUUUCAGUGGCUGGUGAGCACUUGUAAAGAUGGCUGGAGAGCCUACUAUCGCCAGCCUGUGUUCCUGGCAGGAAUGGGUCUGGCAUUCCUGUACACGACGGUCCUGGGGUUUGACUGCAUCACCACUGGCUACGCCUACACACAGGGCAUAAGUGGCUCCCUCCUUAGUCUGCUGAUGGGCGUUUCAGCUAUCACAGGACUGAUGGGAACCAUGAUGUUCACCAGACUCAGGAAGACCUACGGCCUGAUCAACACAGGCAUCAUCUCGAGCUGCCUCCACCUGGGCUGCUUGCUGCUUUGCGUGUGCUCUGUGUUUGCUCCUGGCAGCCCAAUGGAUCUUAGCUUGCUGGGGCCCUACUUUACCUCCAACUCCUCUGCUGAGCCCGGAGAGCUGGCAAGCCAGAGGCAAAAACACACUUAUCCUAUGAUGGGAGGGAACAAUCAGCCUUUACUUCCCGACCGCUCCUCCAUCCACUGGACCAACAACACUUUGCUUUUUGAAAAUGUGCCGAAUGGAACUGCGCCAGAAUCUUACAUCUCCAUAAUUCUGUUGUUCUUGGGUGUCAUCACAGCGCGCAUCGGUCUGUGGUCCUUCGACCUGACUGUGACCCAGCUUCUUCAGGAGACCAUCUGUGAGUCAGAGAGAGGGGUGGUAAAUGGAGUGCAGAGCUCUAUGAAUUACCUGAUGGACCUGCUUCACUUCAUUAUGGUGAUCUCCGCUCCCCAACCAGAACACUUUGGCAUCCUAGUUAUCAUUUCUGUGUUAUUCAUCACCACGGGGCACACAAUGUAUUUCGUGUAUGCGCAUAAAGCCAAGAGGAAACGCCGCCUCGACACAUAAUGAGGACAUGUGGCGUGACACACAUCCAGGCAUGAGAUGCUUACCAGCACUGACUCCACUUUGCACCAGUGAAAUGAAUGACUCUCUCCUGUUCUCUUCAGCAAUCUUAUUGCAACUCUCUGCUCGUGACUUAGCCGUUCAUUUCAACACAGCGCACGCCUGAUCCACCUCAGCUGCUUUCUUGUGUGCCACAGCAGCAGCAAGAACUCAGGUGAAGUAGAGCGGGAGACCAGUUCUCCAUUCGUGGCCACAAGUCGACGUGGCUCAAAUACAAGCAGCAAUGGUACCUCGGAGGGAAAUGUCCUAAUCUAACAGCCAACAGGACACAAUGGUAAUGGCUAAGGCAUUAGCAUAUGCCCAUGCAAACUUUGCAGAGCGACUGCAGCUAUAAGACCUUCAAACAAGUCUUUUAACUCACAUGGCUUGGAUACUGGGGUGUGGGGUGGGGGUGGAGGAGUGGAUGGAUGAUGACAUUUUCCUAACCUUCACUGAACGAAGAGCUGAUCUUGUGAGGGGAAACCCUACUGUGACUCGUGAAAAUAACGACAAGAUGCAAAAAGUACUCUGACAAGUGGCAAUGAUGUUACUGAUCCGUCCACUUGGAAAUAUUCCAGGAUGUCCAGAAAGGAAUAUAAAGGGAACUUGAUGUGAGAUUGUUUGAUAAGACGAAAAAGAUAUAAAAACAAAGGUAGCCUCCCCUUUUAAUGGACGAAGUGAAAGGAUGAACGCAUUCCCUUCCCCUGGUUUGUUUCUCUGUGGAUGAAUCAAGCAAGCUCUUGCCUUUCUUUUAUGCAUGUGAAUCUAGUUAAUGGAUUACAGCAAUACAUAAACGCAUCAUUGCAGGUUCUCCAGUCAAACUUGAGUAGAAGUUGUUCUAGCGUAACUGCUUGUGUACUUAUAAAAUUAAAAACUUUCCCUUACAUUAUUUUCUUCCCAUAUAAAGAGUGGCAUUGUAAGUUUUCUAGAAACACAAGAGGAAAACCAUCUUCAUUUUGUGGCAUGUUUGAAAUCAGUGGUUAUUAUAUGUCGAUGCCGAAUGUUAAUCACAUAUAUUGGCAGUAUUGUACUCUUCUAUCCUUCAAUCUUGUGUAGUUCAAAUGAACUAAAUAUAACUUUACCUCAGCUAAGAACAAGAACACCGAACAGGAUUUACUCUUAUCUGCUUCAUGUUUUCAUAUCCAGUUAAUGUACAGUGGAAAUAACAUACGAGUUUGACAUUUUGUCAUAAAAUAAGCAUCACAUCUCAAUUUAUUUGUAUAAUUUUCCUGUGAAAUUUCUGUAUCGUAUGUUGCCUUUAUUUUUAAACGAAUGUUUAUGAUAAUAAAGACAACUGAAAAUGAUCUUUUCAUGCAAUUCUCAGACAAAUGAAUGUGAACAAUGCCGAAGGGAGUUUGCUUUUGUUUUUAUUCAAUAACCUUUGAGCAGACUUUUCAGACAAAUUAAU